AUGGGUAGCGUUUAUCUGCCGUUUUGUUUUAACGACAAAACAAAGGUUCUGGAAACGACUAUUGUAGACGAUCUUCCAGUCGAAUGUGUUGCCGGUAUGGAUUUUUUUGAAGUAUUCAAAAUUCACAUUUCCAUGAAUGAAACUCGCAUUCUUCAAAUAAAUGCAGAGGAAUCCCCCGAAUAUACUUCGUCCUGUUUCGUCGAGCUUAGCUCCGAACAGCAAAAUGAAAUUGACAGAAUAAAAAAACUUUAUAAGCCAGCUAUGUCCGAUCAGCUCGAGGUUACCUCGCUGACCCAACACUCUAUAGAACUUAAAGCCGAAUUCAAAGACAUCCGAGUGAACCCCUUCCCCUAUUCAACUUCCAUCCACAAAGCGCUGAACGAAAAGAUAGAUCGGCUACUCUCUUUCGGAAUAAUUGAAGAGUCAAUGUCAGACUGGGCGCUCAAUGCGGUCCCGAUUAAAAAGCCGAAUGGAUCGAUUCGGUUGUGUCUCGAUGCGCGCAAACUGAACGCGCGAACGAAACGGGAUGCGUAUCCACUUGCCCAUGUUGGGAGAAUACUGGGACGUCUGGGGAAAACUCGUUACCUUAGCACCAUCGAUCUCAAAGAUGCAUUUCUCCAGAUACCGUUAUGUUCAAACUCCAAGCCACUGGCAGCCUUUUGCAUCCAAGGGCGAGGCAUGUUUCAGUAUACGCGCCUUCCCUUUGGUCUUACCAAUAGCCCGGCCACAUUGUCUCGGCUCAUGGACAAGAUUUUGGGGGGAGGAGCGUUAGAACCUAAUGUGUUCGUGUACCUGGAUGACAUAAUUGUUGCCAGUGAUAGCUUUGGGGAACAUAUUCGACUUUUGGAGGAAGUCGCCAAGAGAUUGAGAGAUGCCAAUCUUUCGAUUAAUAUUACUAAGUCGCAAUUCUGUAGAUCUCAAGUCCCGUUUCUCGGAUACUUAUUAUCUUGUGACGGUCUGAGACCCGAUCCAUCAAAAGUCCAGGGUAUUUUAGAUUUCGAAGCUCCUAAAACUGUCCGACAGGUUCGUCGUUUCCUUGGGAUGAUAAAUUAUUAUCGUCGCUUUAUUUCCGACUUUAGCGCAAUCACUGCGCCUGUUUCUGACCUGCUAACCGGUAAACCGAAAGUGGUUCGAUGGACCAAGGAAGCUGACGCCGCCUUUAAGGAAAUUAAGGAACGAUUGAUAACUGCACCGAUUUUGUCAAACCCUUAUUUUGAACAGGAGUUUGUUCUGCAAACCGAUAUUCAGGAAGAACCUGAGCGCUUCUCGGACUUCAGGUUGGAGGACGGUCAGUUAUGGAAAUACGUUCCGGUCGACGAGGAACCAUACGACGUUCGGUUCGAAUGGAAAAUGGCACCACCGCCGGAAAACCGCAGGAGGAUAAUUGAGGAAGAGCAUGAAGGAUGCUUUCAUCUGGGCGUCGAGAAGACUCUAUCCCGAUUGCAGUUGCGUUAUUAUUGGCCCCAUAUGGCGUCUGAAACUCGAAAGUUCAUCCAGAAGUGCACAGUUUGCAAAGAGAGCAAACCAGCAGUAGUUCCAACGAUACCGAUGAUGGGGAAGCAAAAACUAGCCGAUCACCCCUGGCAAAUAAUUGCUAUGGACUAUGUGGGUCCGUUACCCAAAAGUCGGGCAGGAUUCAUGUAUAUUUUGGUUAUUCAAGACUUGUUCAGCAAGUGGUGUCAGAUACACCCUAUGCGACGGAUCGAAUCAGGUAGCCUUUGCAAGACUCUUUGCGAAGGUUGGUUUCUUCGAAAUGCUAUACCAGAAAUAGUUUUAACCGACAACGCUACGACGUUCCUUUCGAAGGAAUUUAAGGCCUUGUUAAAUCGGUUUGACGUGAAACAUUGGACCACUUCCAGGCACCACAGCCAAGGAAAUCCAGUGGAACGCUUAAACCGCUCUAUCAACGCGGCGAUAAGGACCUACUGUCAGAAGGAUCAACGUUGUUGGGAUACCUACAUAGUGGAUAUCGAGCACGUAUUUAACAACACGGUACACUCGGCUACCGGAUUAUCGCCAUUCUUCGUCACGCGACACUACGAAAUCGCUACUUCCGGCGAAGACCACCUACGAAGGCGAAAGAAAGAAGAUUACUUACCGGAACAACGUGCAGAUUCACACAAACCAAUAAGUGAUAAUAAAAUAUACGACAUUGUUAAGAAGAACCUAUUGAAAGCAUAUGAAACUAGCUCCCGUCGAUAUAACCUUCGCAAGCGAUCCAGACCUGAAGAGUUCAAAGUUGGACAACAAAUUUAUCGAAAAAUCAAACGCGGGGGAAUAUUAUAA